UUUUUUAUAGGGCAUUAAGUGUCAGUUCGUGUCAACAUCUGUCGGACAUUUUUUGCGUUUACGGCACGUUUUAGUGGAGAUUUUUCGUGGUAAUAAGAUGCCUUCCUGUGCAAAAAUAGAGAAACGCGCCUCAGCCGAGGUGCAGAUCCCUGACAAUGGUACCCCCAUACGUCAGGUGAUUGUGGCAGUGGAGCAUAAGAUCCGAAACUUGGAGAAGAGGAAGGGAAAGUUGGAGUCGUAUAGGGAUCUGCAGAAGUCAGGGAAAGAUUUGACGCAGGAUCAGAAAAUUGCAGUGUCCAAGUACGAUGAAGUAACACAGUGUCUGGACUUUGCUAGGGAAUUGUUCAAGCAGGUCCAUGCCAUUUCGGCCAUGUGGGAGAAGGAUCAGAAGAAGGUGGUGCGCAAGGAGACGGCAACACGUAUCCAGAAUGAAGUGACCAAAGUCAAGGAAGUACUCGUGAUUCAAGACACAUUGGAGAAUCUUCGCGAUGAGCAAGCCCGGGAGGAUUUCCUCACGGGUUCCAAUGGUGCGGCUAAGCUGGAGAAGAAGGAACUCGAUCUACUGGAUAAGCUCUAUGACAGUUCAACGGUCAAGAGGGUGCCUGGGUCAAAUCUAGAAACCUACCUGGCCAGUGCCCAGAAGGCGGCUGAUCACCUCAUCUCGACGGUGGAUGGCAAGCCAAAGUCCUUCUGUGACACAAAUUACGAGCGUGUCCGAAGCAUCCUGCAAGUUGUGCAGAAUUCCGGCUAUUUUGACAAACACUUCAUCAUGCCGGAAAAGGAGGAAGAACCAGAGACGGAGACUAAGGAAGUGCUAAAGAAUGGAGUAGAGAGUGAUGCUGAAGUAGCUCCGGCGAAGGAAACUGUGGAAGAACCUGAGGCACCGCCUCAGCAACCUGCAACUGUUCCCAACUUCCCGGCUGAACCCUUGACCCAAGCUCCUCCAGCUCUGGUGCCUCAGAUUCUCAUGCCACAGCCCAUCACGACCAUCAUCCCAGCUCAGGCGUCCGUCGUGAGUACUGCCACUCCGCCCUUGGUGGGAAUUCCCGGUGCUCCGAAUCCCCUUAUGAAUGCCGGCCACAUGAGAGCCAUGGAACAGUCCUACUUCAAGCAUCAACAGCAGUAUAUGCAGCAGAUGAGGCCAAUCUCGGACAUCAUCGGUGGCAGCAAUUACUACUUCCUGCAGGAGUCUGAGCUCGAUUCUCCGGACGUCGUGACAUCUACACCGGCGGCACCGCAGCCACAGCAGCCGGCUGCAGCACCAGCUCCGGCACCCCAAAUGACUGCCCCUGCCGUUCCCAUCGCCACUCAGACCUUCACAAACCAGAACUAUCCCAUGGUGCCCCCGCAAACUGUCUUUCCCGGCAUCAAGCCACCCGCCGCUGUUCCCAAUCAACAACCAAUUGCACCCAAUCAACCUCCAGCUCCGGAUCAUCUUGCAGCCGUUCAUAUUCCCGGAUUUGCAACAGCUCGACCCAUCGUGCCGCCGAAUUCGGCUCCUCAGACGCUGCAGCAGCAACAACAGCAGCAGCAACAGCAACAGCAGCAGCCCAUUCAGACUGCAGGACAUGUGUCUCCUGGCCAGGCUCAGCAGUUCCCGGCAGCUGACAAUAGAUCUCUUAUGAUGACCCAGGCUCCACAGCCGGCUGUCUCGAGUGCUCAGCCGGCGCCAGUCGUUGAGAAAGUGGCACCGAGUAGGAAGGAGGAGCCACCGGCAGAAGAGCCACCUUUGACUAUCAGUGAAUGGACGGCUGAGGAUUCGGCUGCGGUGACAAAGAAAGUGGCUGAAGAGAGUACUGACUGGGGCGAUCAGGUGAAUGAGGCAACAACCAAGGAUUGGAAUUCCGCAGACACAUCCAAUGCCGCUGGGGACAAUCAGUUUGGUGGUUCUUGGCAGCCUGAGGGAGGAUCGUCUGGAGGUGGCUACGGAGGUCGCCGGGGAUAUUCAAGUGGUGGAGGUGGUCAGAUGAGGCGCCGCGGGAUGCACAAUAAUAUGGGUUACAGGUCCAGUAGGCAGCAGCAGGGAGGAGGAGGAGGAAAUGGUGGUGGUGGGUAUCAUCAGAAUGGAGGAGGAGCUGGUCAGAGAUCUGGCGGUGGAAGCACUUUCUACCGCAACAACGAUCCCAACUACUAUCAGAAUCAGAAUGGGGGCUCAAGUGGCGGCAGCGGAGGAGGUGGCUAUCACAAUGGUGGAAGUAACUACAAACAGCGUCCCAAUAUGCGUCAGUCAAUGGGCGGAGGAGGAGGAGGAAACCGUGGAGAGCGCAGUAACUCCAACAGACGUGACAAUAGACCCAUGCGUUCAACUGGAGGCUACCAAGGUCCCACUAGGAACUCUGCCCCAGCUCAGAAUGAAUAAAAAAAAGGGAGAAAUUGGCACAGGAAGAAAGAUGAUGAUACAAAGGGAGGAGGAGGAGGAGAAACUGGCCCAGUGGCCCUAAAUAUUUGUCUACUUUGAAGACUUCUAUCUCUUGUUUUCUUGAAGUUCUCACACACAAACACAAAAAAAAAACUCAAUUAUGGAGUUUAAUAAUGAAAUUAACCGAGUAUUAUAAUCCCAUUUCGUUCGUUCUCUUUUUUUUCAUACAGACACACAUAUAUUUAAAAGAAUUGAUGAAUUAUGCAGAUGAACUGCUGUUUAAUUACAUUAUUCUGAUUUUUUUUAAAGAUCCUUUUCAUUAUGACUUUCUGUAUAAUUUAUAAUAAAGAAGAAAAUUAUGUUUUUUUCUUAA